AUGACUGCUAAUUCCAAAUUUAUUGACUACAUUGAUGAAGCUUUGGAAAAAUCAAAAGAAACUGUACUAUCUCACUUGUUUUUCACCUAUCAGGGGAUUCCUUACCCAGUCACCAUGUGCACCUCAGAGACUUUCAAAGCCCUGGACGCCUUUGAAGCCAGAAGCGAUGACAUAGUUCUAGCAUCUUAUCCAAAGUGUGGUUCUAACUGGAUUCUCCACAUCAUUAGUGAAUUAAUGUUUGCUGAUUCUAAACAAAAGUAUGAAUACCCAGAAUUCCCGGUUCUUGAAUGUGGGGACCCAGAAAAAUAUCAGAGAAUGAAACAGCUUCCAUCACCAAGGAUUUUGGCAACUCAUCUCCAUUAUGACAAAUUACCUGGGUCCAUCUUCAAGAACAAAGCCAAGAUACUGGUGAUAUUUCGAAACCCUAAAGACACAGCAGUAUCUUUUUUCCAUUUCCACAAUGAUGUUCCUGAUAUUCCAAGCUAUGGUUCUUGGGAUGACUUCUUCAGACAGUUCAUGAAAGGACAAGUUUCCUGGGGAAGCUAUUUUGAUUUUGCAAUUAAUUGGAACAAACAUCUUGAUGAUGAAAAUGUUAUGUUCAUAUUAUAUGAAGACCUGAGAGAGAAUCUGGCCACUGGAAUAAAACGAAUUGCUGAGUUCUUCGGAUUCUCUCCAUCUGGGGAGCAGAUUCAAACUAUUUCGGCACAGAGUACCUUCCACGCCAUGCAAGCAAAGUCCCAGGAAACACACGGUGCCGUGGGCCCGUUCCUGUUCCGCAAAGGUGAAGUUGGUGAUUGGAAAAGCCUGUUCAGUGAAACUCAGAACCAGGAAAUGGAUGAAAAAUUCAAUGAGUGCUUAGCUGGCACUGCCCUGGGAAAAAAGUUGAAGUAUGACUCAUACUGCCAGCCUUGA